AUUGCCAUCUCCGCCCUCACUGCUACGUCUCUCUCUCUCUCUUUAUAUAUAUAUACGUGCGGCCUUGUACCAGCAUCAUUUUGUCCAUCAAAUUAAACCCUUAUAAACAUUUCCAUCAUAUAUACACUUAUAAAAGCAUAGUUUCAUUGUAGAGUAAGUUAGGAUGGGUAUUUUCAAGGAUAACGGCGUCGUUUACAAGGCCGUCGACGAUGUCGAUCUCGGCCCCGACAGCGAUGAGUUUUAUCUCCGAGCCAAUGUCAAAGCUCCUCGCAUGGCUGGUCUUUUGGUGAAAGUGUUUGUUUGGUUGCUGGAGUCGCCGAUUUUGGGAGGCAUAUUACUCUACUUUCUCAAGAAGAACAAUCUAAUUCACAAGCUCGUGUCGUUUGCAGAGUUGCAAGAAGAGCCGCUUUUUGUUCCUUUGCAUCCGCAUCACGGAAACGAGGAAAAGGAAACAAUAUGCGUAGAGGCCCAUGCACCACCUCAAGAAAAAGUUGAAGAAGCUGUGAAUUGUGUUAAUAAUGAAGAAGAACCUACGCUUCCACAACCUAGUUUCCAUCGUUGGACGGUUCUUGAUUAUGCCACGGCGUAUAAAUCUGGGGAGACAACACCUACAAUGGUGGCAGAGAGAUUCAUAGGUUGUGUUCGGGAAUCAUCAAGUGAGAAGCAGCAGAUGUCCUUCUUCAUCAACUACUGCGUCCAAGACAUUCUUAGGCAGGCUGCAGAAUCAACUCUUCGCCAUCAACGAGGAGAGCCAAUAUCGGUGUUAGAUGGAGUUCCAGUAGCUGUUAAAGAUGAGAUCGAUUGCAUGCCAUAUCCAACUACAGGAGGAACAAAGUGGAUGCAGAAAGUGAGAGAAUGUAGAAAUGAUGCGUGUUGUGUUAGGCGUCUGCGGUUAUGUGGUGCCAUAAUAGUUGGGAAAACAAAUAUGCAUGAACUCGGAGCUGGAAUUAGUCGGAUCAAUCCUCAUUAUGGGGCUGCUAGAAAUCCUUAUAACAGAAGCAAGAUUACUGGAGGAUCUUCGAGUGGAUCGGCAGCAGUGGUAGCAGCUGGAUUAUGCCCUCUUGCACUUGGUGUUGAUGGAGGAGGAUCUGUAAGGCUUCCUGCAGCUCUUUGUGGUGUGGUUGGCUUCAAACCAACUUUUGCUCGUGUGCCUCAUCAAGGAGUUCUUCCCAUAAACUACACAAUUGGGAUGGUUGGGAUUCUUGCAGCAACAGUUGAAGAUGCGCUCAUCGCUUAUGCAGCCAUUGCUGGAGGCGAUUCAUCUCAUCACUCUGCCACUACAGUGCCCAAAGUAGGUUUGCCCUUGCUCAAAUCUGCAAACUAUAUGUCUGCUGACAUCAAGAUUGCAAGAUAUAGAGAGUGGUUUGAUGACUGCACUGAUGAUAUCAAGGCCUGCUGCUCCAACGCGGUUGCUAAAUUAUCUGACAAAUACGGCUGGAAGACUGUAGAGGUGACCAUUCCAGAAAUAGAGGUGAUGCGGUUGUCGCAUUAUACAACAAUCGGAUCAGAAUGUAGUAAUGCAAUCAAGAGCUACCUACAAAAUGUGAAGAAGGAAGAGGUCGGGUGGGAUGUGCGAGUAGGCCUCGCUGUAUAUGAUUCCUUCUACAGCAAUGACUAUCUAAAUGCACAGAAAAUCAGGAGACGUCAGCUGCAAUUCCACGAGAAAAUAUUUUCUAUAGCAGAUGUGAUUGUUACUCCAACUGUUGGUGUGACUGCUUACACGAUAAAGGACGACGCCUUGAAAACCGGUGAACUAGACUACAUAAAUGGAGCUGCAUUAGUACGAUAUCAGAUAGCUGGAAACUUUCUGGGACUUCCUGCUGUCACUAUUCCUGUUGGUUAUGAUAGCUGUGGGUUGCCAAUAGGGCUGCAGUUUAUCGGGAAGCCAUGGUCCGAAUCUUUGUUGAUUUACAUUGCUUCUGCUAUGCAAGCACUAUGUAUAUCAGCAUGCAAGAAGCCAGAGGUGUUUUAUGACUUGCUCACCAAGGAGUAAACUGUGACCAUCUCUCCAACUUUGUGUAAAAAUAAUAACAGAUAUACAUUUUAGUAAUAGUUGUGCUUAAUAAAAUAACAUGAAGCAAUAACCUUGAGUCGGAUAUCGCGAACUUGUAAUUUAGUGGUAUCAUUGAUUCUUAAUUUCUCCUCCU